GAAUAACCACAGAUGUCAUAGCACACAAAACACGUAAGGAAGUAGGAGAUGGACUACUUCAAGGACUCUGUAGACAUGAUAAGGAUGCCUGAAUGAACUGUUGCCCUGGCAUGUGACCAAUGAAUCUGUGUUGUUGGUUCUAUGGGAGUGAUAACUGGAGGGUUUUGAGUCCUGCUGUAGAGGAGUCAAUUUGCCGUCUGUGUGUGUGUGCAGUAUUGUCUAUAGCUUUUCUGAUUCCCAUGGAAAACAGCUUUCAUUAUGUGUGUCAAUGUACAACAAGCAUGGCAAAGGGUUAUGUUUUGUGUACAGGGGAGAUGCUUGAAGGUGGCGACAACAGAGGUGUGCAGACUGGUGAAUCAUGCUAGGGGUAGGGUGUGCAUGACCGAUAGAAUGAUACCCUGGGUACCGUAGCGGAUCUCUAUACCACUCCGACCUGUCUCGUUCACUAGUG